ACCCGCAAACACCAGCUAGUUGUUAUCGUGGCGGAUGUUACGUAUAUCUGGCUGCCAAGUGUGAUUCUGUAGUGCGUACGAAUGGUCAACAGCCUCAGUCGACCACUCGGCGUCCGAAGCGUUUGUUUUGUUUUCGGCUGACGAUGCGCUGAGUGCCGAGAAACGCAGCGGCCGAAACCGAGAGAGACCCCGCUUUCGUGCCAGAGGGAAUGGAGGCCGCUGGCUUGCUUUGCUGAGUGAGCCCGCUGCACUCGAAUACAAAGACAGACACACACAUACACACACACACACACACGAACUUAUUCUCGAGGCGCAGUGUGGUGUGCACGGCCCACCUGGUUCGUGAGUGCGGUUCGUCGCGAGUGCCUGCCGUCGCGGCCGUAUGUCCGCCACCGAAUGAGGUGACUUGGGCCUGACUAGGACUGUUCCGCAUCCACAUCAGCAGCACGAUGGCGUUCAGCGAGAAAGUAGACCCGGAGCUGAUCUUCACGAAGCAAGAGAGGAUCGGCAAGGGUUCCUUCGGUGAGGUCUUCAAGGGCAUGGACAAGAGGACCCAACAGGUGGUGGCGAUCAAAAUAAUCGACUUGGAGGAAGCGGAGGAUGAGAUCGAGGACAUCCAGCAGGAGAUCAUGGUGCUAAGUCAGUGCGACUCGCCGUACGUGACCAAGUACUUUGGUUCAUACCUCAAGGGCACCAAGCUAUGGAUCAUAAUGGAGUACUUGGGAGGAGGCUCAGCUCUGGAUCUCAUGAAGGCCGGUAGUUUCGAGGAGAUGCACAUUGCUGUGAUUCUGAGAGAGGUUCUGAAAGGCUUAGAUUACUUGCACAGCGAAAGGAAACUCCACAGGGACAUUAAAGCCGCCAACGUGCUGUUGUCCGAGAUGGGAGAUGUCAAACUGGCCGACUUUGGUGUGGCUGGCCAGCUGACCAACACAACUAGCAAGCGGAACACUUUCGUGGGCACGCCGUUCUGGAUGGCGCCGGAGGUGAUCAAGCAGUCGGCCUACGAUUCAAAGGCAGACAUCUGGUCGCUUGGCAUCACGGCCAUCGAGCUGGCCAAAGGCGAGCCGCCCAACUCGGAGUUGCAUCCAAUGCGAGUCCUCUUCCUCAUUCCAAAAAACAACCCGCCCCAGCUGACUGGCUCAUACAGCAAGCACUUCAAAGACUUUGUUGAGGCCUGUCUCAACAAGGACCCAGACAAUAGACCCACGGCCAAGGAUUUGCUGCGGUUUCCGUUUAUUAGAAAAGCCAAGAAAAACUCUUACUUAGUAGACCUGAUAGACAGAUACAAGAAGUGGAGGACGCAGCGCAGUGAGGAGAGUGAAACUGAAUCGGAGAACUCCGACUCCGAGGAGUCAAAGGGAGGAAGUGAUUUAGACGAGCCUUGGAUAAUGACUGUCAAGGGUGUCCCAGGACACGCAAGUAAGCUUUCAGCGUCACAAGAGAACAGAAACAAGAAUCAAGGGCAGCUGCAGGCACAGUUGAACAACUCUGGUAGUGUCAACAAUCAUCAGCAAAAUGGUAGUAACAAGGAGCAUAGAAAUAGUGAUAAACAGAAACCCGUGGUGGUAUCUUCAGCGCCAGCACACCAUGCCCCUGCGGCUGCUGCUGAAAAUAUCAUAUCAGCGCCUGCAGCGUCGAGCAAGCAGAAGCCGAGAAAUCACAUAGCUGAGCCAACGAAAAAUAGUAGCGAAUCAAAGGCGAGGCUUUCUGCCAAGACUUCAUAUCUAAAUGACGUUAUUUGCCCAAUUAUAAAUGAGCUUCAUAAAAAACAAGGCAUUCCUGCAGAAGAGGUCAAGGGAGCGUUUGAAUUGGCGGAGAGUACAAGCCCGGGCAUUAGCGACAUUUUCGUCCACGCCAUUGUACAAAAGCUGUUGCCAUCGAUAUCGGAAUCGAGAAUUCGAAAUGCCAUCGAUAAAAAUAUUUAGGCUAUGGCAUCACGUUGCAUUAAACAGUUUUAUAUAAACUAAAUUAUAAAAAAAAAUCAGAAUAAUAUAUAUCUAUCAUUACUUUCUUCUGCUAAGAAAGCAAGUUGUAUAAUUUGUGUGCAAACAUUUUGUUACUCUUGUUUCAAAUCAUUAAAAUAACUAAAUUGAA